AUGGAAACGACAAGCCAAAUUUUACAGACAGCGGGUGAUUUCCGACAACACUAUGUCGGAAAACAUAUCACACAACUGCCGAAGCCGGCUUUGGUACUAGACAAGGCCAAAAUGCAUCGGCACUGCAAAUCUCUACUAGAUGCCGUAGAGUAUUUAGGUGUAGACUUUCGGGCACAUAUCAAGACACACAAGACUCUGGAAGGAGUUCGCCUGCAAGCUGGGGAAGGGAAAAAAGACGUUCGACUCGUAGCAUCAACCGUUGCUGAAAUUGAGUAUCUACAACCAUUGCUACACGAAUUCAUGGAAAGUGGCCGCCAGGUCAAUGUCCUUUACGGUAUCCCCUUGCCACCCUCCCAGGUUGACCGCCUGGCAGCUAUCGGCCGGCGGCUGGGUCAAGGCACCAUUUCUGUCAUGAUUGAUCACGCAUCCCAGCUCAGUCAUGUGGUUCGCUUUGCAGAGCAAGCCUGUUUUCCAGCUGGAGUGUACUUGAAGGUCGACACCGGCUACCACCGGGCAGGCCUACCCCCAUCAGGUCUCAACAAGGACGACUUGGUUUCAAGGCUGAUAAACCUUGACAAUGAAGGCAAAAUAAACUUCAUUGGGCUUUACUCGCACAGUAGUCUCAGCUAUAAUGACUCCACCGCCAAGCAAGCAAUGGCCAAUCUCGGAGGCGAACUCACCGGGUGUCUUGAUGCGCUCGAAAAAAACGCGCGCCUGUUCUCGAGUGACAAAGAAAUAACCAUCAGUGUCGGAGCCUCGCCGCAGGUAACUUCAAUAGAGAACUUGGUUGUGGCUGAGGGAGUAUUAUCAGAGGACGCCGAGAAUUUGCGACAGACUUUGCACAAGGUCGUGACCGAAAGGCACUGUGGAUUUCGCACCAAACUUGAACUUCACGCUGGUGUAUACUCUGUGCUCGAUGUUCAACAGUUGUCUACGCAUUCCCGAGCUCACUUAGGAGACUACGAGGAUGAGAUAGCCGUCUCUGUCAUGGCAGAAGUCUGCAGCGUUUAUAACGAUGGCGAGCGGCAGCAACCUGAAGCUUUACUUGCAGUCGGAGUGUUGGGAUUGGGACGUGAGCCUUGUGCGGCAUAUGAGGGAUGGGGAAUUAUUGAUCGCGACGCUUAUUCUCCUGAUACGCCUAAUCUCGAUCACCGACUGAUCGUGAAGCGAGUGAGUCAGGAACACUGCAUUGCGUCAUGGGGACUUAUCAAGGGACAUGACGAUGGAAAUUCUCAACAUCCAAUACCGCUGCAAGUAGGCCAGACUGUUCGCAUUUAUCCAAAUCAUGCUUGUAUUACCGGAGCCUUGUAUGGUUGGUAUUAUGUAGUCGAUUCAUCGGAGAACGGGCAGCGAGUUGUAGAUGUCUGGGAAAGGGCAAACGGGUGGAAAAUGCCAAUUGCCAUAUAG